AUGUCGCAAACCGAAUUUAAUUGUAAUAAAUGUGAGUUAAAAGACACGGAUCGCAUGGUGCAGUGUGACUCCUGUGAUAAGUGGUUCCAUUUUGAAUGCGUUGGAGUAAAUAGUGACGUUGCAAAUAUGAGUUGGAAUUGCUCAUGUAGAAAUGACAAGCCCGUCAUUAUUAAAAACAGCGCAUCCACCACCACUUCACAAACACUACCAUCCGUUAAUGCCACUGCCGAGUUCACCGCAGGUUUGCGAGCAGCCUCAUCCCCCGCAAGCCAAAUAUGUAGACCUCUUUCAGAUGUGUCCGGCCCAUCGUUAUGGGGUAAUACUGUCCAACCACCUAAUCAACAUAAUGCUGGCCCUGAAAAAGGUGCAUAUAAAAAAGCACAAACGCAACCAAUGCAACAACAGGGAAACAGCGAUAGAGAUGUAUUAGGUGAACAAGUUAUGGCUCCAGCAAAGGUAUUGCCAACAACAAACUUAGGUGAAAAAUAUAUGCAGCACAAUUCUACCAACCAAUGUGGCCCAACAACGUCAUCCGGUUUUUUGUCAUCACAUACACAACUGCAGUUGCAGAUGCUGGAGGAAGAAAAAGAGCUACAGAGAAAAUAUUUGGAGAAGAAAUAUAGUAUCCUUUCUCAAGGUGAUCCAACUGCGUCACAAAUUGCAGCAAGACAGGUGAUACCAAAAGAGUUGCCAAAUUUCGAUGGCAAUCCUGAAGACUGGCCCCUGUUCAUUAGUAAUUAUAAAAAUAGCACAGAAAUAGCAGGCUACACUGAUGGUGAAAACUUAAUGCGUUUACAGUCGUGCCUUCGGGGUCGUGCCAAGGAACUGGUAAAAAGCAAAUUGCUAAUUCCAUGGAUCGACAGCAUCAUCGAAUAUGCACUCACCAUACGAAAUAUUUGCUCAACUAUGGAGGCAUGUAAUUUAAUGGCUCAUUUAAAUAAUCCACUUCUGGUUAAAACUUUAGUUGAUAAAUUACCCAACAAUCAUAAGUUGAGUUGGGCUAUGCACAUAAAGGAUGACAAAGUUCCAGUGCUAAAAUCAUUCAGCGAUUGGAUAUACAAUAUAGCAGCCGCAGCUAGCCAAGUCGUGUCGCCCAUAGGUAGUAAAAAGACCGCAUCUGUAAACAAUCAUUCAGAGCAAGACCACAGCAAAAGUGAGCAGCACAAAAUACAGAAUUGUGGUGAAUUCCAGUCCUUGAAUUUAGAUGCCAAGUGGAAAGUAGUAAACGAAAAUAAAUUGUGCCGCCAGUGUUUAAAUUCCCAUCGGCGUAAGUGUUUCUCAAAAAAGGUGUGUGAUAUCAGCAACUGUACGGCAAAACAUCAUCCUUUGUUACAUAAAUAUACAAUAUCAUCUAACCCUGUUGAAGUAGCAACUCAAGGGCGCAGUGGAAGUGUAAAUGCACACAACGACCGUAGUCAAGACAAACAGUGUUUCAGAAUUCUCCCAAUUCGUCUAUAUUGGAAUGGUGGCUCUUUGACGACGUUCGCAUUUUUAGAUGAAGGUUCAUCAGUGACCUUAAUAGAGCAAAGCCUUUUCGAUAAGUUAGGACUUACCGGCAAACAAGAACCUUUGGAGCUACGUUGGACUAGCGAUACAACUCGAUCUGAAAACGAUUCUGUAAAAAUUAAUAUAGAAGUAUCCAGCAUCAAAAAUGAUAGUAGAUUCUCACUUUAUGAUGUGCAUACGGUAAAUAAUCUUGGUCUUCCCAUACAGUCUAUAAAUUUUGAUGAUAUAGUCAAGGACAACACAUAUCUGAAAGGUUUGCCUAUACAGUCAUAUACAAAUGCAAAACCGAUGGUUCUAAUUGGCCUUAACAAUUGGAGACUGGCUGUUCCUUUAAAAAUUAGAGAAGGCGGACGUACUCAGCCAAUUGCAACAAAGACUCGUCUGGGAUGGACCCUGCAAGGUAGUGGCACAGAUUUAAACAAAUUUUCUACACUAAAUAUACACACAUGUGAGUGCGAUACUCAAUGUAGAAAUCUACACGAUGAAGUGAAGGAAUAUUUUGGCUUAGAUACUACUCAAGAGAAAAACAUUUUGUCGUCGGAGAACAACAGAGCUAUGCAAAUUCUUGAAACUACCGCCAUUAAGAAGAAUCAACAGUUUGAAGUCGGUUUACUCUGGAAAGACGAAGUCCCACAAUUGCCAGAGAGUUAUGAAGUCGCUUGUCAUCGCCUAAAGUGUCUCCAAAAGAAAUUCAAUAAAGAUCCACAGUUACAGCAGACUAUGCAAUCGGAAAUCGAUAAACUUAUUUCCAAGGGUUAUGCACGAAGGGUAUCAGAGGCAGAAAUGUUUUCUCAUGAAGGUCGUACCUGGUAUCUUCCAAUUUUUGUUACCCUAAAUCCGAAUAAACCUGGUAAAGUUCGUCUAGUAUGGGAUGCAGCAGCAAAGUCGCAUAAUAAGUCUCUAAACGACUUUUUAAUUUGUGGUCCUGAUUUACUUACGUCACUUUUUAACAUUUUAAUUGAGUUUCGUGUGGGACAAAUAGCGAUUUGUGGUGAUAUAGCAGAAAUGUUUCAUCGUAUAAAUGUUAAGGACGAAGACAUGCAUGCCCAGCGAUUUUUGUGGUUCGAAAAUGGCGACAUUAUUCCACGACCUUGUGUUUAUGUAAUGAAGGCCCUGACCUUUGGUAUAAGCUGCGCACCCUGCAUCGCUGACUUUGUUAGAAAUAGAAACGCAAGUGAUUUUAAGAACAUGUACCCUCGCGCUGUGAAAUCGAUACAAUGCUAUCAUUAUAUGGACGAUUUUAUCGAUAGUGUGAACACCGAAGAAGAGGCGAAGGAACUGGCGAUUCAAGUUCGAAUGAUUCAUGCAGACAACACCUGUCAGACCUCAUUUAAAGCAAUAGAAAAAAUUCUUGGUAUGUAUUGGGAAUCCAAUAAUGACGUUUUCCAAUAUAAUUCUAGAUUUUCGAGGCUUCGAAGAGAUGUGUUCCAGCCGCAUGUAGUCCCUACUAAAAGGGAAGUCCUUCAAGUCCUAAUGUCGAUUUUCGACCCCCUGGGUUUCGUCUCCCACUACACUAUUGGUCUCAAAAUGCUUCUACAAGAUAUAUGGCGGUCAGGAAUAAAAUGGGACGAUGAAUUAAGCGACGAUCUUCUUCCGAAAUGGUCUUCAUGGCUUGGUAAUUUAGUCAAAAUAACAUCAAUCGUCAUCCCGCGAUGUUACUCUAAGCUGCUGAAAUUGACGGUAAAUGUCCAGCUACAUACAUUCGUAGAUGCCGGUGAAAAUGCAUAUGCUGCAGUAUGCUACUUCAGAAUCCAGCAUAAUGAUGACGUCGAUGUUCGUAUUGUUGCAGCCAAAUCAAAAGUCACCCCUUUAAAGCCCAUAUCUAUACCACGUCUAGAGCUUCAAGCUGCUUUAGUUGGAACGAGACUUGCCUUAAAAAUUCGUAGCGCAACGCGCCUUAACUGUGAGGAAUGUUUCUUUUGGUCUGACUCAAAAACAGUUCUUAAAUGGCUUUCAAUAGACCCUAAAAACUUCAAGGCAUUCGUUAUGUAUAGAGUUGGCGAAAUAUUAGAAUUUACUAAUGUCACGCAAUGGAGUUGGGUGCCGUCCAAAUUAAACCCUGCGGACUAUGCUACCAAAAUAUGUACAUCUGACGACGAUAUGUGGCUCAAUGGUCCUGUAUUUUUGAAAGGUGAUAAGAAUAUGUGGCCUAAAUGUCCAGACCUAGGAGGCCCCAAUAAUGAAGAAAUACGAAAUCAUUUAUUGAUUAUUGAUAAAUUAAGCAGUUUCUCUAUUAAUAUCGAAUAUUUCUCAAAUUGGAAGCGUCUAUACAUGGCACUCUCGCAAUUUCUACUAUAUAUUGAAAAAUUAAAGUUUAAAACCCGUAGAAGUAAAAUACCAGAUGGUAUGCGGUUCGAAUAUAUACAAAAGGCGAAAAAUAUUUUGUUCAAGUAUGCCCAAGCCAAAGAAUUUUCAGAAGAAAUUUGGUGUCUACGAAAUAAUAAGAAGAUACACCCUGGAAGUAAACUUAAACAGCUCAAUGUUUUCCUAGAUGAUUACGAAAUCAUUCGCGCUUGCGGUAGAGUUGAAUCUCUAAAUUUCCGGCGCAACAAGUGGUUCGAAAAAGUUAAGCCACCAUCCGUUGGAGAUAUAGUUAUAAUAGUGGACGAUACGCUUCCUCGAAACAACUGGCCCAAGGGAGUAAUAACUGAAACAACAACCGCAAAAAAUGGUCAAGUUCGUCGUGUUAAAGUCAGAACCAUUUCCAGUAUAUUUGAGAGGCCCGUAACGAAAAUAGCUGUACUAGAUGUCGGUAAUACUCAGGAUGGCAAGCUCAUCGAUUCCUAA